AUGAAGUUCGCAGUGCUUCUUAUUCCAAUCUCAUUCAUCCUCCCAUCCCUCUCUCACCCGCUCGAAGAUCGCGACGCCCCUCAGACAGUUCACCUUACCUUCCACGGUGGUCCAGCGUCUUACGAGAUGACAAUUCCCGCCGAUGGGCAGGUGUAUCCUACAAACAACGACAUCUCCGUCAACAUCAUCGACGCGCCGGACUACAACGCCCUCUCCCAGUGCACCUUCUAUACAAACGGCGAGAAGGCCCUGGUCGGCGGCAUCACGCCCCAGGGUCUCCAGCAGGUCAUCAUCGGACCACCGCAGCCCGUCACGGGAGUCAGCUGUCUCGGUAUCUGUGUCCCGACGUACGGGAUGUGCUACGAUCUCAACGGGCAUAUUGAUAGGCCCAUAAUCGGUUCGCCCCUCGACCUCGUUCUCAUGCUGAAUGAGCACGCAGCAGGGACACCAAAACGACACGCAGCAGUCGCCGCAUGUACUUCCCUCGAUGUGGAAUUUCUUUCGGAUAUCGCCGCGCUUGUUCAUGAGAAACCUGGUCAGAAAGGCAUAGUCAGCGAGCUGCCAAAGAGUGCCCCAACCGAGACCAAUGGAGCCAAGGGCCGAGAUCAUGAAGCAGUCUCCGUUGAUGGCCCUUCCGAGGUCAGCUUGAUCGAAUACACAGCUGCCGAUAUACUCGAUUUGGUCUCUGAGCAUUCGACUCUGGGAAGCAGAAUCAAGCGAAAGCAAAAGUAA